UUGGACAGAAUAUGGUGCAAAUACAAUGCACUGUCUUUGCACUGUCAUUAGUCAGCCUAGCCGUCUAAAGUCAAGGGCAAUUUCAAUACAUGAGAUCAGCAAGGACAACGCUGAACACAUUUUUAAAGAUAUUGAUCCAAUGAUGCAUUGCUAAAUGUGAUGUGUUGAAAAAACUUUAUUUCUUCAAAGUGGAUGUACAGCUGGCGUGAGGAGAACAGAGCCUAACAAUUCAGUCAUGAUAUACAUGCGAAGAGUUGGUCCCCUUGUGCUACAUAACAGACAGAGAGGCAAAAGUAUAUGUUCCUGUCUGCUUAAACUGGUUGAACUGGUUUUGUCACAUGGUAGCUGUAUUAUUACUGCUCCAAAGGUGAUCUACAAGAUCUAACCAUCUCAGGUUGAUCUCAGGAAAAUUGAGAUUCGUUUUCAUGGUGGCUGCCCUCAUAAUAUCGGUAUGCCUUGUCCUCAAACUCCUGCUGGAUCCUGAACUAACAUUAUCAGAUUUAGUAGAAAGGUCAUUGGGGGGAGCAGCUUCUGACCAGUUGAAACCUGAUAAUCAUAAAGAUGAUGGUCCUAAAGGCAAAUGUGGCCUUCCAAAACCAUGUCCUGAAAAUAAUUAUACCUUUAAGAUGUACAGCGGCGCAACGAGCAUCAUUGGACCACGAAUAUGCUUUGAGGGGAAAAUGAUAAUAGAAAAAGAAACACUAGGAAAUCGACAAGGAAUUAAUAUUGCUGUUAUCAAUGAAAAAACGGGUGAACACAUUAAAACUGGCAUCUUCAAUAUGUGGAACGGAAAGGUUGAGGAGCUGAUAGAGUUUCUGAAGUCAAUCGAGGAUGGUUCUCUUGUGCUGAUUGCCACUUUUGAUGAUCCAGCCACAAAACUUAAUGAUGAAGCAAGGACACUCUUUGCAGAGCUUGGCAGUUCAUAUAUUUCCCAGCUGAAAUUCAGAGAUAACUGGGUCUUUGUGGGAGGAAAGAAAACCAAAACCAAUAUCUCUUUUGAGCAGCACAUAAAGAAUGACAGGGAAACCAAUAAGUACGAAGGCUGGCCAGAAAUUAUUGAGAUGGAAGGUUGCAUACCUCGAAUAGACUGAAUUUUCCUACGGCGCAAUUUGUUCUGCUAAAUAAUGCCUUUUAAAUCAGGCACCAAGCUGAGCCACAAUUCAUUUCUAAUGAGUUACAUGAUACUUUGGACUGUCUUGAAUAUAGAGUCAUUCAUUUUUGGCCAGAGGUUAUCCUGGGCUUUUAUAAUAUUAUAUACUAUAUAAAAACAUUUUUUUUAUAUUGUUAUAUAGUAAAUAUAUUUGGUUAUUUUUAUUUUAUUUUUUUUUUGUCUGGGUAUUUUUAUCAUUGUAAGUGUUAAAAAUGUUAAUUAACGUUGAUAUUUGUAUGUUCUAUUUGUGAUAUUAAAUGGUUGUUUGGA